AUGCGGCUGCAGAUGGAGUCAAAGGACCCAGAAGAAGCUGAACAAACCGAGUCUGAAAAAUUCGCCGAAAUGAUGCUCAAGAUCAAACUGAGUUUCGUCGAUUCCUACAAGGCCAGUCUUCCCGCGCUGCACUUUGCCGCGAAGGUGGGGGAUAUGGAAAUGUGUCGCCGCCUUCUGGACGACGGCGCCGACCUCAGGGCCAGGUGCUCAAGCCGCGGCGCCACGGUUCUCCACUACGCCGCCAUGAACAACGUUCACGGAGUGGAAAUCUUUGACUAUUUAAUCAAAAAAGGAGCGGAAAUCGCGGAGGAUGCUGAAGGAGAAACUCCAAUUCACGUCGCAAAUCGUGUAAAGAACUUCCAAGUGGCGUUGAAACUGCUGGAAAAAUGGGGCGAACGCCAAUUUUUAUUCUGCGUGAAGUCGGAUUUGUUGGAGUUGUCAAAGUUCCUGGUCAAGAAAGACGGAAAAAAGGUGUUGAAGGUGAUUGGAAAAUGUGGCAAGACGGCGCUCCACUUCGCAGCUCAGUCGGCCAGCUUGGAGAUGUGCCAGUGGCUGAUUGAGCAAGGCCAAUCCAUCGAAAUCGCCAACCAGACAACUUUCGCCACUUUCCUACACUACGCGGCGCGCAACAAGAAGCACGGAACUAAGAUCAUCCGUUUCUAUGGGCCCAGCCUGAAUUCCUGCGUGAAUAGAAUUGACUUUCUCUCCUACACGCCGCUUCACCACGCCCUUGUAGAGGAAAACCUCGAGGCAGCCGAUGCGCUGAUCACAAUCGGAGCGAACAUCAGGGUGAAAAAGUACGAAAACAACAACCUGCUGCACUUCUGCAUCUUGCAAAACAAAAUUUCAGGCGCCAAGUUCGUGCACGAAAAAGACAAACAUUUGAUCACGGAAAAAGGGGAAAGAUUCAAAACCGCUUUCCAACUUGCAGCAGAACGGGAAAAUGUUGAGCUCUGCCAGUGGCUGGUUGAUGAAGGUGCCAAUAUCGACAGCUAG